ACAAUUUUCUUUUGAUGGGCUUGGUAAACAAAACCUAACUGGGCUAAGUCGUGCCUGAAGAGACAAUCAUUCCGGUUCGGGUUAACAUCAAUACCCGUAAAAUUCGGAAAUGCACCUCCAGAUUCCGGCGACACAUCUUCUCACCGUUGUUUUCUCACAAAUAACAAAUUUCCAUCACUAGGAGAAAAAGAAAAGUAGCUGUGAAUUUUAGUAGUUGAUAUUAGAGAUGAAGAAUAAGAAAAAGAAGGUUCACAAUAUGAAAAGCACCACCGGCGAAAACGACGUCGUACAAAACAUAUCGCCUAUGAAAGUAGUUGUAUCGCAUUUGAUCUGCGUCAUUGCGUUAGGCUCAUCGUUUUGGAUGGCGCAUAAUGUUUACUCCAUUAAUUUGAUCCAUAAUCCAGCUCAUACUCUCCGUUUACUAUCGCUGAUUCAUAUUCCAGUUGUAAUUUUGAUAUACAGUUCCUUUCGGAAAGAUAAGAAUCAGAAUUCGUACUUAAAGGCAGUAGCUAGAGGUUUAUUAGCACUUCCAGUUGGGGCUGUUGUCAAUGCACUUGGAGCUAUUGCUUUAGGGGCACCUGUUGGUACUCUGUACUUUCUAAGAACCCUUAACUGGUCUCUUCUGAUGUCUGCAUUUACUUUUGUCCCUGCAGCUUCUGUCUAUGGCUCAUCUUGGGGUAGUUGGCAUCGGAUAUAUGCGCAGACAAAGCCAAUUGGAUCUAUUGAUUAUAUGAUCUGUUUACCUGCACAUGCUGCAGUAAUUGGAGCUUGGUUUGGGGCCUGGCCCAUGCCACUUGACUGGGAAAGGACGUGGCAGGAAUGGCCUAUAUGUGUGACAUAUGGAGCCAUCAUUGGGUACUUGGUAGGAAUGUUGGCUUCUAUCUGUUCAUCAGUCUUUCAUGUUCCGCAUCUACACAUGAAGGGAGAUUAAUGGUUGUAGCUUUCAGAAAAUCAUCAGCUUUUCGUACAAAGUUGCAUUUACUAGGCAUUGUCAUCAGCCCUGCAAAGAACCUCGAAAGGACCAUCAGAUCUGGAAUUGAGCAAUGAACGUCGUUUAGAAGAAGAUCGUCCCUUGUGAAAAUGGACACAGACUAGAUCACUGGGAUGGAAUACAAGGCUGCGUCGAUGUUUGUCAACUCACUGUUUAACUUUUUCAUUCAUCUGAACAAUGCGUUCUUGAACUUGCUGAUGUAUAGACAGAAUGUCAGUGGCAAACUACUUAGCUUUUGGGCUGUAACGAUCAUCGGUUAUUGCAAGGUCAACUGGAGCACACGGCUUAUGACCAAACACUAUUUUAAAAGGGCUCAGACUGGUGGUAGAAUUUGGGUUGGGGGAAAUGUUAUAUAUAAACUUAGCUUGUGCUAAUAAUUCAUCCCAUUGCUUGAUACUCUUUGUCAUCAACGUACAUAUUAAACAUCAUGUCUCCACACCUAAA